AUGGUGCUCACCGACAGCGAAGACGAUGAUCUAGACGCGCCACGCGUCAAGCGUCAGGCUACCUGUCUUCCCAAAGCCACGGUCAAGGCCGAGAGGUCUCCCCUGGACGUUCGCCAUCUCACUUCGGGCCGCCAUGCAGGACGCUCUGAUGCAGCCACUCUCAAUGAUGAAGUGCCUACGCCGAAGCAGCACGGUGCGGUCGCCACUGCUCUCGAGCGUGUACAGUUGGACUCGGAUGAUGAGCUGAAGUACAUGCAGUCAGAAGACGAGAGAUUUAAAAAUCGUGAGAAAAAGGCUAAAAAGAGAGCGCUCAAGUCUUCUCACAGAGCGAGACAGGCAGAGAAAGCGAGACAUCGACAGCCAGGAUCGAAUAAAGCCGGUGUCAAUACUGGCGUCGGUAUACGAGGUCUCCAGAAGAAGCGCAAACGAGUCCAGAACUAUGACGACUCCGAUUCGGAUGCCGACCUCAUGGAAUGGACCAUGCCGGACUAUGUCAAGGAUCGUCGAAGUAAGUUUGACAGACGAACUAAAGAAUUGAAACAAGGUGGUUUGUGGUUACCACCCACUUACGACGACGUCUACUUCUCGGACGAUGAGAAUCUUCAGCAAUUGAGAGAAAGACCAGAGUUUCCCGCUUCUACAGCCAGCAGAGAGUACAAAGAUAUCCAAUUGCCAUACUCCCUCGGCCUAAUACCUGCCCCAAUAGCUCAAUUUUUGCGUGACUACCAAGUUAAGGGCGUGGCUUUCUUGCAUGAAUUGUUUGUCUACCAAAAAGGAGGAAUCCUUGGUGACGAUAUGGGCCUCGGGAAGACCGUACAGGUGAUAUCAUUCUUGACCGCGGCCUAUGGCAAAACUGGUGACGAACGAGACAAGAAGAGAAUGCGCAAGAUGAGGCGAGCAAACCAGAAAUACCCCAGGACGUUGAUCAUUUGUCCCGGCACUUUAAUGGAAAAUUGGAAAGACGAGUUCAGACGCUGGGGAUGGUGGCACGUGGAUACAUAUCAUGGUGGCGCUUCUCGUCGGCAGGAGGUGUUCUCGCAAGCCCACGCAGGCAUGUUAGAGGUAAUGAUCACAACGUACCAUACCUACCGCACACACAAGGAGGAGAUCAAUCUGGUUGAGUGGGAUUGUGUUGUUGCGGACGAAUGUCACCAGAUCAAAGAGCGCAAAUCCGAAAUCACAAAAGCCAUGGCCGAUGUCAACGCCCUGUGUCGCAUCGGAUUGACCGGAACAGCUAUCCAGAACAAAUACGAAGAGUUGUGGGUGCUACUCAACUGGACUAAUCCUGGUAAACUUGGUCCGAUAACGACCUGGAAGGAGACGAUUUGCAUACCACUAAAGCUGGGCCAGAGCCACAAUGCUUCGAAUUAUGAGCUUGCUCGGGCGAGAAGGACGGCGAAGAUGCUUGUCACUAACCUCUUACCGCAAUUCUUCUUGCGACGCACGAAAGCCCUCAUAAAAGCCCAACUUCCCAAAAAGACCGAUCGUGUGGUGUUUUGUCCAUUGACACCCACACAGGCGAAAGCUUAUCAGAAUUUUCUGGACAGCGAUAUCGUAUCUUACAUCAGAGACAGCGGCCAGCCUUGUGAAUGUGGCAGCGGCAAGAAGGCUGGUUGGUGCUGCAACAUGGUGCUGGAAGACGGAUCUCCCUGGCAGCAUUGGGUAUUUCCUGCAAUAGCCAACCUUCAGAAGAUAUCGAAUCAUCUAGCCAGCCUAAUCCCUCAAGGCAGCGAUUCGAGCGAGAAACAGGCGAAAGACCUCGACAUGCUCGAGAUCGCAAUGCCCGAUCAAUGGCGGGAACUGUACAAAACUCGCGACAGCAUUCUGCACACCGGUAAUCCCGAAUAUUGUGGAAAAUGGAGGGUCUUGAAGAAACUACUCACCUUUUGGCAUGAUCAGGGUGACAACAAGGUGCUUAUAUUUUCGCACAGCGUCCGGCUCCUACGCAUGCUUCUCAACUUGUUCAUCAGUACGCAAUUCAACGUGAAGUACCUCGACGGUAGUAUGGCGUAUGAAGAUCGAUAUCAAACGGUCAAAGAAUUCAACACGGAUCCUACUCAAUUCGUGUUCCUGAUCAGUACGAAAGCCGGCGGUGUAGGACUGAAUAUCACCUCUGCUAAUAAGGUCGUAAUUGUAGAUCCAAAUUGGAACCCGAGCUUUGACUUGCAAGCACAAGAUCGCGCGUACAGAAUCGGACAGACCCGCGACGUCGAAGUGUUUCGCCUUGUCAGUCAGGGCACAAUGGAAGAAAUCGUGUAUGCACGUCAGAUCUACAAACAGCAGCAAGCCAACAUCGGAUACAACGCAACUUCGGAGCGACGAUAUUUCCAAGGCGUCCAAGACCGCAAAGAUCAAAAGGGUGAGAUUUUCGGCCUUCAGAAUCUCUUCGCCUACCAGAAUGAAAACCAAGUCCUUCGAGAUAUUGUGAACAAGACAAACGUCGCAGAGUCUAAGGCUGGAGUCCGUGUCGCGAGUCUCGAAUUUGAGGAGCAUGACUCGGACUCGUCGGACGGCGAGGGGCGAGAUGAAGACCGCCUCAUUAAGACGGAGGAGAAGGAAGACGCGGCCAUGUCUCAACUCGCAGCUGAGAUUAUCGGCGACGACAAACCUCGUCGGGGCAAGGCCAAUAAGCCUUCUUCAUUCCGAGCCGAAGAUACCCCAAGAAGGACUGACCCCGUCCAAGCCAUCCUGUCAUCUGUGGGCGUUUCGUACACGCAUGAGAACAGCGAAGUCAUCGGCACUUCCAAGGUAGAGGAGUACCUGUCCAAGCGGGCCGAGAAGGCUGUGGGUGACGCCGACUGGGCCCCACGAGAGCAAUUGACGAAAGUGUUCGAGGACGAGUCACAGUCGCAGCCACAGCGCAAUUUAGUCGGACCCAGCGACGAUAAUGGGUACACUGAAGACAGAAUCGUCACUCCAGACGGAGAGGUUCGGUACAGGUUCAGACCGCCUACGCCUGUUAAACGACGGCAAUUCUGCAGCAUGGCGCGCUGGGCGGGAUACGAUGAUGUGGUCUGGUUUGCUCUCGCCGUCGAGAGCUGGACGCAGGCCAAGCGGAGAGAGUGUCUUGAUCGAUUCUAUCAUGCGAGACGGGACGUCCUGGCUGGACUGGUCAAGCAGGAAGAAUUCUACCAUGGCGACGUCAAGCAAGAAGAGGUUGAUCUGAAAAGGGAAAAGGAAGAAGAAAGAGAUGGUGACGAAGAUGAAGGAAAAGAAAAAGCCAAGCUCGAAGAGAAGCUCAUCGUGGACGAAGUCAAGCGCGACGAGGCAAAGUGGAUUGACAUUGAGGCCGAGACCGAGACAGAGUCAGAGAGUGAGGACGACGAACUCUGA